CUCAUAUCUGCUGGGGCGCAAAAGCCUAUUCUUGCACGCGCAUACGAUGACGUCUACAUUGGCGUGGAUCCCGAGGAGGCACUGGUCGCUGCAAUACGCGAGGCUCUUGAGAACCCCGACAGUCCGUGGACAGCGUUACUGGAGCCAAUCAUGGGCCCUCGUACGCCCGAGGAAUAUAGAGCGCAGGUGAGAGCCACUCUGGACGCGAGGAAAGAGGCCAAGAACUGGAGGAAGAAGGCGAAGUGGUGGAAAGGCAAGGCAGGCGGGGCAGGUCUUCAGGAUGUGAUCACUCCGAGCCCUUCGGAUAUCUCCAGUGUCGUGGAGGAACUUCCAGAGGAGCGACAGCGUGCUCUGAUCGAACUG